GCAUAUUCGAUAAGUCGUUGCGAGUAAUUUAUAGUUUCGGUUGUCAAAAUUUAUUCAUCGUAAAGUAAAAAGAAAAUUGGAUCGUUAACGAAUCCAAAACGAAUACCGUAAAUUAACAUUGUCGUGUUAUAAUUGUCGUGUAUAAAUUUUACAAAUGUAAAUUUUUCUGAAAAGGGGGGAGGGGGAAGGAAGAUCGUUUCGAAAUAUAUAUUCUCGCCUAUUGAAAGUAGGCUUUGUGAAUAUUAUUAAUAUCGAAACUAGAUUUCUAAAGAUCAUAUUAAUUAUACGAUGACUCAAUAAUAAUUCUGUUUACGAUAUCGCGUAUGCAAAAAAUAACACUGGAAAGAGAGAAAAGGCGGGGCUGAAAAUCAAGAUUACGUGGUAUAGAAAGGUCAAUAUGUACUGGAUCUUACUGGAAGGAUCAUGAUUGGUCGAUGCGCACUUGAGGGAUCCUGAAAUCAUCCUUAUAGAGCAGAAGAUCGUCGACACGUCUUGUAGUUUGCGGAUCAAGAAGCUCGGUGUCAAAAUUUACUGCAAUGUUUGCAAUCGUUUCCGUUGUUCUUAACGUCAUCGUUUACACGAUUGCCUCGGAAACGCCGAUCCUCCAUCGAAUAAGGCGACAAGAUUUUUCAAACGAGAAUGGCCAAGUGAUAGACAAGAUUUUUAACAUACCAAUUACCGCGAUCAAGCAAACUGCAACCGUGGCGCAAUCGUUCAAUCAGGAAAAUUCUCAGACGAUCGACAACGUGUUCAAGAUUCCUGUUUCGACUUUGGAAGCUGUUGGAACCCUCGUGAAAGCGGCAUCCGAGCAAAGACGACGGAAUGCCGACGAUGCGCAACGAAUGCGACAGGAGAGAAGGGACAGAAUAUCGGCAGUAAGGGAAAGGCAGAGAUUUCAAAGGGAGCAAUUGCAACAACAACGCGUGAAACAGCAACUCGUGAAAAAGAGCAUCAAAAAUAGUAACAAAGAUCCUUUCGAUUUGAACACGUUGUCUCUGUUGUUUAGCAAUCACGGUGUUCUAGGAAGUAUUCAAGGGACGUUUGGCGGUUACAAAGGUGAUCAAGUUCAUGGAGGUCAAGGGAGUGGAGGGGGUUACCAAGUUCACGAAGACAUAGAAGAAGAUACGAACUAUUCCUGGCACGGAAUCACGGCGGGAAUCGGCACGUUUUCCGGUUCUCGACCAACCAGCACACGCGUCACCGUACAAAAUAAGAUCGCCGUUAAGGACGAAGUACCAACCGAUCAUUCCUACGAUACGGAACAAAUACAGAACAAGAUCGCUCCAAAGAUCAAAGGGAAUGAAUCGAGACACGAAGAAGAUCCCCCAUUGCAGAACAAAAUUGCACCCAAGACGAAUAGGAUAUCGUUCAGAUCGUAAAAAAUAAUUUUAAGUGUAUAAAAUAAAUAGAAUUUAUUUUUUCCACGACAAUUCGUACGUGACGAGCAUUCCAUUUGAGCGGAGCAAUCGUUUCUAUUGGCUAAUUUUCGCUCUAAUCGGCAGCCGAUAAGUACGUGAGUCACGUCGCGUCGUUUAUGCAAAUAACGAAAAUGAUAGAACGAUGAUGAUGCUCGGAGAAAGCGAGUUGCAACAGAAAUUAGUAAAUUAAUAGUAUAUGUAUAUUUUUCGUUUCGUUCGUAAUUGUCGAAGUGACUCGACGAAUUUUCUCGACCACGGUCUUCUUCGACCCACGUGAAUCUCGCAGAGUCACGUUUAUACCGAAAAAUUGCGCCUGUUCGAAAACAGUUAAAAUGCGCGCCGAGUCGUUGCCGCGAUACGGAAAACAUUUUGAAUGUAGCAUCGCUCAACAUGAAUAACGAGAAGCGACAUUAUAUGUUAUGCAUUGGAUAUUCGAAUAAAAUUCUUCUUCUUCUUUUUC